AUGUACAGUGAUUACCACGGCUGUCUGCAUCCAGCCCAGCCCAAUACACCAGGCCUCCCAUAUACACCAGGCCAGCAGGGUACACCAGGCCUCCCAUGUACACCAGGCCAGCCCAGUACACCAGGCCUCCCAUGUACACCAGGCCAGCCGAGUACACCAGGCCUCCCAGCCCACUAUACCAGGCCUCCCAGGUCAGUACACCAGGCCUCCCAGCCCAGUACACCAGGCCUCCCAGCCCAGUACACCAGGCCUCCCAUCCCAGUACACCCGGCCUCCCAGCCCAGUACACCAGGCCUCCCAGGCCAGCCUAGUAAACCAGGCUCCCCACGUACACCAGACCUCCCAAGCCAGCCCAGUACACCAGGCCUCCCAGGCCAGUACACAAGACCUUCCAGCCCAGUACACCAGGCCAGCCCAGUACACCAGUCUCCCAGCCCAGUACACAAGGCCUCCCGGCCCAGUACACCAGGCCAGCCCAGUACACCAGGCCUCCCAGCCCAGUACACAAGGCCUCCCGGCCCAGUACACCAGGCCAGCCCAGUACACCAGGCCUCCCAGCCCAGUAUACCAGGCCUCCCAGCCCAGUACACCAGGCCAGCCCAGUACACCAGGCCUCCCAGCCCAGUACACCAGGCCUCCCAGGCCAGUACACCAGGCCUCCCAGGCCAGUACACCAGGCCUCCCAGCCCAGUACAUCAGGCCUCCCAGCCCAGUACAUCAGGCCUCCCAGACCAGUACACCAGGCCUCCCAGACCAGUACACCAGGCCUCCCAGCCAAGUACACCAGGCCUCCCAGCCCAGUACACCAGGCCUCCCAGCCCAGUACACCAGGCCUCCCAGCCCAGUACACCAGGCCUCCCAGGCCAGUACACCCGGCCUCCCAGCCCAGUACACCCGGCCUCCCAGCCCAGUACACCCGGCCUCCCAGCCCAGUACACCAGGCCUCCCAGCCCAGUACACCAGGCCUCCCAGCCCAGUACACCAGGCCUCCCAGCCCAGUACACCCGGCCUCCCAGUCCAGUACACCAGGCCUCCCAGGCCAGCCUAGUAAACCAGGCUCCCCACGUACACCAGACCUCCCAAGCCAGCCCAGUACACCAGGCCUCCCAGGCCAGUACACAAGACCUUCCAGCCCAGUACACCAGGCCAGCCCAGUACACCAGUCUCCCAGCCCAGUACACAAGGCCUCCCGGCCCAGUACACCAGGCCAGCCCAGUACACCAGGCCUCCCAGCCCAGUAUACCAGGCCUCCCAGCCCAAUACACCAGGCCAGCCCAGUACACCAGGCCUCCCAGCCCAGUACACCAGGCCUCCCAGCCCAGUACACCAGGCCUCCCAAGCCAGUACACCAGGCCUCCCAGCCCAGUACACCAGGCCAGCCAAGUACACCAGGCCUCCCAGCCCAGUACACCAGGCCUCCCAGCCCAGUACACCAGGCCUCCCAGCCCAGUACACCAGGCCUCCCAGCCCAGUACACCAGGCCAGCCCAGUACACCAGGCCUCCCAGCCCAGUACACCAGGCCUCCCAGCCCAGUACACCAGGCCUCCCGGCCCAGUACACAAGGCCUCCCCGCCCAGUACACAAGGACUCCAUAG